AUGUUAUCGGCUGCUGUAGGACAGUUAGCAAGGGCUGUGAAAGUACGUCUCCAUGCUUAUCCAAUUUCUCGGAGUUUUCAUCGCGGUCACACGCUCAACGCGGGCCAUUCGAAAUGGCAAAAUAUCCGACACGUGAAGGCACUGAACGAUGGGCGAAAGGCGGUAUUAUUCAUUAAAUUAGCUCGACAAAUUAGGUUUGCUGUGCAAGCCGGUGGACCAAACCCUGGUGUAAACAAUGUACUGCGGGCAGUGAUCGACGAAGCUCUGAAGAAAAAUAUGCCCAACGCCACCAUUCAAGGUAUCCUGAAGAAAUGCUCGACACAAUCGGCAGAGCUGAAGAAAUAUACACUUGAAAUUAAGGCACUGGAUCAGGUAAAUGUGAUAUGCGUGCUUUACACGGAUCGAUUCACCCAGUUGAAGAUGGAAAUGGCCACUAUUCUACGGAAGAACUUUGCGCUUUUCAUCGAUACCAUGCAUGGUUUCGAUGAGAAAGGCUUUAUCGAAGCAAUACCCCCUGCUGAAGUGCAGACCGAGCACCUGUUGUCGGUUUGCACCGACCAUGCGAUCGACACAGGUGCUGAGGAUAUUGAAGUGAUGGACGAGAACAACCGGCUGAUAAGGUUCUUAUGUGACCCACGGGAUUUGGAUAAGGUGAAAAAGGAGCUAGAAAAGCUAAACUACAACGUCGAGCAUUGUGAUCAUGCGUUUUUCCCUAAGUCCACGGUUAAGCUCAAUCCCGACGCGAUGCAAGUGUACGAGAAGCUGAAAGAGAAAUUGAAAGCCAUGGAAGGUGUGGAAGAUAUUUACGACAAUGUGGAAGCAGCACCUUAACCUCGGACAAAUACAGCACGAUUUCACUGUU